UAGGAAAGCAUCCAAAUUAAAUGAGCCGGAGAGGAUCCAAGUUUGACUACGAGGGACACUCUCAGGGAAGCAUCCAAAUUUGACUACGAGGGACACUCUCAGGAAAGCAUCCAAAUUGCUUUCCAAAUUAAAUGAAUCGGAGAGGAUCCAAAUUUGACUACGAGGGACACUCUUUUUAUUUUGAGUAUCGAUGUUCGAUAGUGGUUGACUUGCAAGCCUUGCAUCUAAUCUGCACGGUUCUAAAAUACGACAGCAAAGCCACUCUCCGACACUCUUUGCGUUGUCCAAAACCUGGUCUCCGUCGGUCGGUCGGUCGGUUUUAUCAGGAACUGAAAUUCAGCUUUUUUGUGGUACUAAAAGAAGUUUGUGGGUCUAUUAAUAAUUUGGAGGUUGAUUCUUCAUUUUGGACAUUAUAUCACUGAUAAGGUCAGCUAUGAGACAACGCUGGCGUCAGCAAGAGAAUGGGGAGAGGGAUCAGGAUAUAAUUCAGUGGCAAUUUCCCAAGAAUGAAUCGAAUGAUGGAUUUGAUACAACGAAAAAGACAAUUCUUCACCCAGAGGGGUGGCUCUGUCGACGAUGGAAUAUGAUGUUUGUAACGUCGUGCGCAAUUGCUUUAUCAUUGGAUCCUUUGUUCUUGUACGUUCCCGUGAUAAAAAAGGAUAACAAGUGCGUGGCGUUCGAUAAGGGACUAAAGAUCAUUGCUAUUUCUUUGCGAUUGCUCACUGAUAUGAUUUAUGUUGCGAAUAUCACUUUGCAAUUUAUUAGUCCUUAUAAAAAUGAGAGCUUACACGCACUUGGACGAAAUGAGGUGGUCACUGAUUCUUGGAAAAUAGCAAAGAGGUACUUGUUGUCCUACUUCCUAAUGGACAUUCUCGCUAUUCUUCCCCUCCCACAGGUGUUAAUUCCAAAUAUUUUCUCAAAGAAGACAAGCUCGAAUUUUUUUGACACAAGGAAGUUAUUGAAUGCUGUGGUUGUCUUGCAAUAUGUACCAAGAAUUUUGCGAAUCCACUGCUCGCGGAAAAUGCUUAUCGGGUUGGGCAACAAACGUGCAAGGAAUGUAUCGAUUGAAGCUGCAUUUAACUUCUUUCUGUAUAUCCUUGCUAGUCAUGUAUUGGGUGCCUUGUGGUACUUUUUUUCUAUCCAACAGGAGUCAAAUUGUUGGCAAAUAGCCUGUGAAAAUCAUAUUGGAUGUACCCCAAGUACUGGUUUUAGAUGUGAUCACAGUUCAGGAAAUUACACAUUUUUAAAUGAUUAUUGUCCAGUAAACCCACCAAAUAUUACCCUCUUUGAUUUUGGUAUAUUCCUUGGUGCCCUUCAAUCUGGUAUCAUAGCAUCCACAAAUUUUCCACCAAAGUUCUCGCAUUGCUUCUGGUGGGGCCUACGAAAUUUGAGUUCUUUCGGUCAAAACCUUCAAACAAGUACGCUUUUUUGGGAAAACUUCUUCGCAGUUUCUAUUUGUAUUUCUGGAUUGCUACUGUUUUUGUACCUCAUCGGAAAUUUGCAGAUUUACAUGCAAUUGGAGACAUUUAUGUGGUUGGAGAAUGAAAAGACAAAUGAGACUAUGAAAGCCACUAAGAAAGCUAAGGAGCAAGACAUAGAGUUGUGGAUGCACAGAAACCAGCUCCCUCUCAGUUUAAUACAGCAGGUCAGGCCUCACGUACGACGCAUGAUAGAAGAAAAUAAAGAUAUUGAUGCCAGGAGUCCUCUCCCUCAUCUUCCCAAAGAAAUUACAAAGGAGAUUAUGCGCUGUAUGUACUGGCCACUACUAAGGAGAGUUCCGAUGUUUGAAAAGAUGGAUGAACGACUGUUGGAUGAACUGUUUGACGGUCUCAAGCCGGUGUUCCACCCAGAGAACAGCUACAUUGUUUGGGAGAGAGAAACAGUUACUGAGAUGUCCUUCAUCAUGCGAGGGAAACUAUUGACCAUGACAACCACUGGUGGAAGAGCGGGCUUCGUCAACACUUAUUAUCUUAAUGCUGGUGACUUCUGUGGCGAAGAACUUCUUACUUGGGCUCUGGAUCCCCACUCCUUAUCUUAUCUUCCCAUCUCAACAAGAAUUGUCCAAGCCCUUACAGAAGUUGAAGCCUUUACUCUAAAAUCGGACAGCUUGAAGUUUGUAGCCACUCUAUUCCGGCGGCUUUACGGCAAGCAAGAAGCUCUCCAUACUUUCAGAUAUUGCUCUCAGCAAUGGAAGACUUGGGCAGCUGGUUUCAUACAGGCAGCCUGGUACCGCUAUAGGAAGAAGAAGCUUGAAAUGUCUCUCCGGGCAGAUGGCAAUUAUAUGUUGCAAGAUGCAUUGGCCAAGGCUGGUGGGAGCGGUGGGAGCUCACCAAGUUUAGGUGCCUCUAUUGACGCCGCACGGUUUGCUUCUAAUGCACUUCGCACAUUACGGAGCAAUAGUGCACGGAAGCUAGCAAGGGUGCAAGGGAGAAUCCCACCGAUGUUUCCUCAUAAACCAGCAGAGCCCGAUUUUACUUAUGAAGAACAAUAGGUGUACUAUCCCUAGUGAUUUUCAUGUUUGGUUUUGUUGUAUUAAGGGCGAAACUAGAAUUGUUCUUCUUCCACACAGAGUAUUGGAAUCACUUGAUGGUAGAAGAAAGUCACAUUUAUCUGUAAGAGGUCUGUGUCUAAUAAAUUGUUAACUGUCUUUUA